CGUAUUCGUGAGAAAUUCGGAGCAGAAAUCACUGAACUGGAACGUUCCGAACGACAAGCAAUGGAAAAAUACUGCGAAAUGAAGACAAAGCUGUUGGACAGAGAACAGGAAUGCGAUCGACUACGAAUACAGUUACAACAGCGAGAACAGGAGAUGCAUGAGAUUCGUGCACUAUAUGAGAAACUUAAUCAAGAACGUCAGAACCUAUCCGACGUAGUUCGGCAAGAGUUCGCCGAUCGUCUGGUCACGCUUGAGGAAGAGAAUCGAACCGCAAAACGUGAAUUGGCCGAAACAAAAGCAAGAUUGUCCAAGGAACAAGAACGUCAUGAAACAGAUUUAGCAGCAUUGAGAAAGGCAAAUGCAGAAGAGCUGAAGUCAGUUCAUCAAAAAAUAAAGGAAGCAAUGAAACGAAAAGAUGAGAAGACCAAUCAAAUGCGUGGCCAGUUUGAAAGGGAAUUGGAAAAACAAGUAACCGAGUUGGACCAGGCCAACCGACGAGUGGAACAUUUGGAAGAACUAUUGGACCAGCAAAGAAAACAACUCCUUCAAAGUUUGCGUUAG